AUGAAAGUCAAGUAUCAAGGAGAUUCACGAGUGAAGCAGGCUCAGCUACAGACCUUGAGAAGGAAUUUUGAGCUGUUGGAGAUGAAGAUCGGUGAAUCUGUGGGUGAUUACUUUGCACGAGUAAUGGUGGUGGCCAACGAUAUGAGGAAUUGUGGAGAUGACAUGCAAGAUGUCAAGAUUGUGGAGAAAGUCCUGCGCACAUUAACUGAGAAUUUCAACUACAUUGUUUGUUUGAUUGAGGAAUUGAAAGACAUUGAUAAUCUCUCUGUUGAUGCGCUGCAAAGCUCACUCCAAGUGCAUGAGAAAAAGCUGAGAAAACCUAGCAAUGUUGGAGAUGAUCAAGUGCUAAAGGUUACGUUUGAUGAUAGAGGAGGAAGAGGCAGAGGAAGAAUGGGCCAAGGAAGAGGACGAGGCUGA